AUGUGCCAGCGAGCAAAGUUCUUUGAAUGGGUUCAGUUAUACGUUAAAGAAGUGAUUGAAUGCAGUUCGCAGUAUGGAGCUGAUGGAAGAACUGCAUUUGUUGCGGAAAAUAUAUCGGGACCUCCUACUAUCUACCCAAAUUUUGAAGAUUCAACCCGUUCCUGUGCAUUUCUAAAUUUCGGCACUCGAUGGGAGAGCUAUCCGGGCUCUUUGGAACCGAUUCGUGGCGGUCCCUCAACAUUCACAAGCACUGAUUACAUUGACGUAUUCUUCGAGCGUCCACUCAUAAUAUUUGCUAUGCGGAUAUUCGAAACAUUUUUCCCAGGCGCGGUUGUAGCUAUCCGAGCUUGUUAUCGAGAUCAACCGAUAGACCGCCCAGUGAAUGCACGAGGAAUGUACUGGGCUACUUUGUGGCAGGCUGCGGAUGCCGGAAUUCCGUCUAAUUUUCGUGCAAUUGACGGAGGAAAUUCACUACUGCCGGCCAGUUCUGUUAAUCCUGUUCAGUUAGGAAGAGCCAGAAUAUUUGAGCCAGUAUUGUCCCAUAUCCCGCUUGUUCCGACAGAUCUUGUCCGCAUUGAGCUUGAUAUUCGUCGAUGUGCAUAUUACACACAGUUAGAUGCAAUUCUAGUGAACGGUUACGCACCUAUUUCCGAUGAAGCAGCCGAAAUCUUUCGAAAAAUGCAAUCAGAAAUGUAUGCCGAAGGUCAUUCUUUCGAACCACGCGAUCCCAACAUGUCGUACGGCGAAAUAAAAGGGUCUCCUCUUUCUUCUGGGUACUCUUCGUGUAACGACAUCCCCCUAACGAAUUGUCUGCCACCUCCUACCAAUGAGCUCGAUUUGGACGGGAUUGAUGACAAUCUCUCUGAUGUAGCGCAUGCGAAUGGUUCUUCGAUGGAAGUUGAUUACAUACAAAAUUCAAUGCUUUGUCCGCUUUCUAUGGCGCUAUGCAAAUUUCCCACAUACUUGGCUCCAAUGGCUCUCAUGAACCAGACAACUCUGUCUACGUUCGGAAACCACUUCAGCCACCCAAGUUGUCUUCUUCUUCGUCUACCCCCCGAAGUUCUACUUCAGAUUUUUUCUUAUUUUGAUCUCCAAACCCUCUGUCGGAUCUCCAGUGUGUGUCGCACUUUUUACUACCUUGUGGAUGAGUCAUUGGCACGACUCAAGAGCAUUAACUUGCAGGCCCUUUGGGCUACCACAACGGACGCAAGUCUUCUCUCCUUGUCCACUCGAUUGUCACGAAAAAGUUUCAUGUCACAAUCGUGCAAAAAGCCACGCGACCGCAGUCUGCAGGCAGAGUCGACAUGCGUACAGUAUCCCUCAUGGAGCAGCAUCGCGGUGAAGGGGGUGACGCAGUGGGCGACGCUUAUUGCCGGCGGUGUUCCUCCCGGAGGCAAAUUUCGUUCAUUCCUCCUCGACAAAAACGGCACCCGCAGUCCCGAAGUGUAUCCGCGUCUCAAGCGCUUUGAUUUCUCUUGGUGUGGCAACUACCAGUCGGUUUCGACGUUUGGAUUUUGCCGGUUUUUGGCCGAGGCGGGUCGAUGUCUGACAACCCUGCGUCUGUCCUCAUGCCAGAUGGUCAACGACGAGUGCCUUCUGGAGCUCAUUAACAUCUAACUGGACCUCUCGUCGUGUCGAUCGAUAACCAGCGAUGGUUUCAUCCCACUUGGCCGGCUAAUUCACCUUCGUUGGCUCAGUCUCUACCGGACGAAAGUGGGGGAUGCUGCGUUGAUUAACUUGGCCAAUCUUUGCCAACACCUCCAGCACCUCAACCUUGGCGCCUGUGUCUUAAUCGAGGACGCUGACAACGUCAUCGACCAGAUCACCUCCACCAAUCAGCAUCUGGAGUCGCUUGUGUUGUGGCGAUGUCAAAAUCUAACAGGUCAGGGUUUGCUAAAAGUCGCCGAACACUGCCCUAACUUGCUUCGAUUGGACUUGGGCUGGUGUUCUGGGCUUGAAUCUCAGUCGUCCAAUUGUAUUCGCGAGGUUGUGAUGCGUUGCAACAAACUGCGUGUCAUGUCGCUCACUGCCAUCCGAUCUGUGACACCUGCUGACGUGAUUGCCAUCGCCCACUGCCUAAACAACUCACUAGAAGACUUAGAUUUGGUUGGUAACGCCCUUGUUACCGAGCUCUGCGUCCGCCGGUUGCUCUUCCAGUGUCGAAAACUCGCCUUCCUCGACAUAUCCCACUGCCCGUCUAUUUCGCUGCCUGAUGUUCUUUCAUUGAGAGCAGCCUUCCCUCGGUGUACAAUCUCGUCCAACCACUACACUUUCACGCCCUCCCCGCCUCCAACCGCCGCUACCGUGGAUCCUGGAACUCCACAGCUUCUGCCGUCGGUCCAUCACCCCCCUCGUGCGCUGCCAGAUCCACAGGCGCAUCUGCACCGCUGA